GAACGUGUGCAGGUUGGCGGCCCCCGGCAGGGCCGGCCCGGAUGCGCCGAGCGGCCCAGGGCGCAGGGGAGGGCGCGGCGGGUUCGCUGGGCCUGCGCCCCGGACAGUGGGAGUCGGGGAAGCGGGAGGAGGAGGCUGUCUGAAGGUGCCCUCCAGACGCGGCCCUGAUGACUGAACUACAGCAAGAUGUGGACGACACAAAGCCUGCCAAAGUGCUCGGGAAGAGAGAGAGCAAAAUUGGCUCAGCCCACUCAGAGGCUGAGAAUGGCGUGGAGGAGAAAAAGAAGGUCUGCAGGCCACCAGCAGCCCUGUCCCCUGCUCUGUCCAGCGAGGCCGAGUCCGCAGACCAGAAGAGAAUCAUUUCCCUGCGGUCGAAAUCCAGUUUUGAUGGUGCCUCUUUAGCAAGUGAGAAGAAUGACUGUAAAACAGAAAGCAAGAAUGACUCUAAGAUUGAAAGGAAAAAGGCCUCAUCUUCCAGCCAGGACAAGGCAAACAUGCACUUCCACAAGCUGUUUCUGGAUGUCCCCACUGAGGAACCCCUGAGGCAAAGUUUUACCUGUGCUCUACAGAAAGAAAUAUUAUACCAAGGGAAGCUCUUUGUAUCAGAAAACUGGAUUUGUUUUCAUUCCAAGGUCUUUGGAAAAGACACUAAGAUCUCUAUUCCGGCUUUCUCGGUAACCCUGAUAAAGAAAACCAAAACUGCCCUUCUGGUGCCAAAUGCCCUGAUUAUAGCGACAGUCACAGACAGGUACAUAUUUGUCUCCUUACUCUCCAGAGAUUCAACUUACAAACUACUGAAAUCUGUGUGUGGACACUUAGAAAAUACAAGUACUGGCAACAGUCCCAAUCCAUCUUCUCUUGAAAACAGUUUCCAGGCAGACCGCCCUUCAUCUCUGCCUCUGGAUUUCAACGAUGAAUUCUCAGAUCUGGAUGGAGUGGUACGGCAGAGAAGGCAAGACAUGGAAGGAUACAGCAGUUCUGGAUCCCAGACUCCUGAAUCUGAGAACUCUCGAGAUUUCCAUGUGACAGAAUCCCAGACAGUUCUGAAUGUCUCCAAGGGAGAAGCAAAACCAACUCGGGCAGAUGCCCUUGUGAACAGAGUGCCUGAAGGAAAAGCCAAGAGUCUCCCUGGGCAUGGUCAGUCAGAAACCAUUGGAAUCAUACCCAGAGUGAAGUCUCAGAAAUGUCCGACUCUCCACCAUAUUCUUAUACUCUAUGCAAUUGUUGUCUGUGCACUAAUCAUCUCGACCUUCUACAUGAGAUACAGAAUUAAUUCUCUGGAGGAGCAGCUGGGGUCACUAACCUCCAUUGUGGACACCCAUCAGACUGAACAGACAGCACCAUCCAGCCCGGAGUCACACGUACAGUUAAAUGUGGAGGUCCUGUGCCGAGAGCUUACUGCCAACAUAAUGAGACUAGAAAAGAUACAAAACAACUUACAAAAGCUACUUGAGAAUGGUGACUGACCAGCCAGAAGCUUGGACCAAUGCAAAACCUCGCACUUCCCUUGAAGUAGGUGCUCCCCAGGCAUUCUGGUGGAGCGCUCCCUGCUGGCCAGAGGAGCGAGCAGAUGGGCAGCCCCAGCCGUGCUUGCCCUUGGAGGUCUCCAGCUCAGGAAAGGGGGGAAGGGGAAUAAUUUUGGUUCCUGUGCAAUAAAAUUUGGCCUUGACUCUCUGAGGAAGUUUUCAGGGCUGCUGCCUGAAGAAAACAGACCCAUCUCUGGAGGUCUCAGGAAGGGCCUAGCGGACUUGGACGAUUGUGGUUCAGUGGGUUAUAGUGACUGUGUCAGCGGUACUGACAUACUUCUCCACUCCAUGCCUUUUCAGUCCUACCCACCUGCCUUUUCUCUCCUGUACACCCCUCUUAACCAACCUUCAAACUAAGGGAUAUAUCGUGUGCCAACAAACUCGAUAGGAUCCUUUAAAGAAUUUGCCAUGACUCUCC